UUGCCUGCUGGUGUCAAAGCCAUAUCCACAGAGGCUUACGGGUCUAGUGCUUGGACUUUCACGGGAAAGAUAAACGCAAAGAAGGAUGACGGGUCCGAUACGUUCUUCUUCCUGAAGACAGCCAUCGGCGACGAGGGCUCGAUAAUGCUCCGUGGCGAAUUCGAAUCGUCAAAGAUCAUACACACCAUCAAACCUCACCUCAUCCCGGAGCCGAUAGCCUUUGGACAGUAUGAGCAAGCAACAACCCCCACUUUCUUUUUCCUCUCCGAGUUUAUCGAUAUGGAAACAGAAUCUGCGCCCGAUCCAGACCAACUUGGAAGAAAUCUCGCCGAGCUUCACAAGGAAAGCCAAAAGACCACUGGAAGAUUUGGAUUCCAUGUCCAAACUUGCGAUGGACGAAUACCGCACACUGUAGAUUGGCAAGACAACUGGCCCACAUUCUUUGGUAAUCUUCUCAAAGGCAUCUUCAAGAUUGACACUGAAGUGAACGGCCAUUGGCCAGAGUUUCAGCGUGCCACUGAUCAAAUCAUUGCAAAGGUGGUUCCCCGUUUGCUUGGAGGACUGACAAAUAACGACAAACCAAUCAUACCAUGUAUUCUUCAUGGGGAUCUAUGGGAGCCUAAUAUUGGCAAAAGAAACGAUACUGGUGAACUCAUCCUUUUUGACGCCAGUUCAUUUUGGGGACACAAUGAGAUGGAUCUAGGCUUGUGGAGAGCAAACUUCUGCCAACAUCUACGGCCCAGUCUAGAAACGUACGUGGAUAGCUAUCUGCGUCACUUUCCUGCAGCCGGUCCUGAGGAGGAGUUUUAUGACAGGAACAGGCUUUAUAGUCUGAAGGCAACUAUCAACUACUCUGCUGGGCACCCUGGCUCCAUCACUCGGCAUACGGCAUAUAACAACAUGUGUUAUCUCUGUGAGAAAUAUGCACCGAUUGAGGGCAUAGACAAGUACGAUCCAGCGUUGGAUCCUAUUAUCACGGGAGUUGGCUUAUUACCUGACUUUGAGAAAAGGGAUUAA